AUGGCGGGUGCUAAGAUCCAGACUGUUACAGAACCUACAUUUUAUUCGACUAUGUUAGUUGAGGAUUAUUUUGCGAAUUCGACGGAGCUUUUAUCUGAGACCACAAUAACUGAGCAGAAAUCUCGCUCGGUGAACAUCCACAGGAUCCUGUGGCCUAUCCUUUUCACAGUCCUCAUCAUCGUUGCCAACUUUUUGAGUCUCGUAGCCUUCUGCAUCGAGAAACGACUUCGCACUUACAACAACUACUUCAUCAUUAACCUGACCAUUCUGGACUUCAUGACCGGAUUGGUCCUCAUUCUCUCGGUGGUUCAUACACACAUCGGGUACUACCCGUUCUCCCAAGAUAUCUGCAAGAUGACUUCUGCUCUCCGGUCGGUAAUUGUCAACGCCUCCAACCUUGCCGUGGUCUUGAUCUGCGCUGAUCGACAUCAGGCUACUUACGAUCCCAUCAACCACUUCAUAUCACGAAGCAAACGAAUGGCCAUCAUCAAAAACCUCAUCCCAUGGACUGUGUCAGGUGUCUUCUGGUUUCUGUAUAUCACCGUACCCGAAUUCAUCAUCGAUUUCGACAACGGUCGUCACUGCAUUCGCUGGUACACUGUACGAACAUUACCUGGUAUCAUCCCGUACAUCACUUACUUCUAUUUACCAUUUAUCAUCAUCGCUGUACUCUAUUUUAGAAUCGUUGCUAAAAUUCAGGCUUCUCUCGGGGGUAAGAAUGUCGAAAAACAGUUUGUCAUGAAAGAUGCGAACAAGGGAAAGAUCACAGCGGAGUUACCUCACGAUGGCAUGACGUCGGCAGUCAGUACAUCAACCAUCAAUGUCGACCUCUCAUCCGAUAAUUUUGACCAAGGUCCUAAGAUGAAGAACGACAAUGCUGCAAAUAAUGGAAAGAAAACAACAAUGAAACGCGAAACUGCCACCGAAAUGAGCAAGGCUACCAGAACGCUCCUCGUCAUCGUUAUCGCUUUCGUAGUUUCAUGGCUACCGCAGAGCAUCAUCAUGCUCAUUUACUCCAUCGAACCCGUGCUCGUUGUGCCAGGACUACCGCAACCAGCUCGACUGUUCUUUGGAUGGAUGCCGUACCUUAACAGCCUCCUCAACCCGAUAUCGUAUUAUCUAUAUCUUGUGGGUGUCGUGGAUCUGUUGUACGAGACUGAGACGACAAAUGGACGCAGGAGCGUCCCACGAGUUACCCACGACUAUUGUGCUACAGUCUUGCGACAGUUGCACGACUGUCGAAAGCGAAUCCAACGAGUAAACCACGACCUGAUCACCUGA